AUGCAAGAUCUUCGGCUGUUCGGGCAUGGGACACAAACACACUGCUGGAGGCACGAAGCUGCAAUCAAGGCCAUCGCAUUCUGUCCUUGGCAAGACGGGCUCAUCGCAACCGGCGGCGGGUUAGGCGACAAGUGUAUUCACUUCUUCCACAUCGGAACCAGCACACCCUUGGCUACCAUUGUUGUCGGGGCGCAAAUCACUUCACUGAUCUGGUCUACUACGAAGCGCGAGAUCGCGGCCACAUUCGGUUACAGCCAUGGCUACGCGCAAACCGAACACCCAUACCGCAUUGUUGUCUUCAGCUGGCCGGAUUGCCGACAGGUCGGCGCCGUAGCAUGGCCGGGCGGUCCCAGGGCUUUGUGUGCCAUCCCUUACCCCAGAGGACCAGCUGAUGCGCAAAAAGGAAGCCGGACGGCGAAAGAAGGAACCAUUGUAGUGGCAUCGAGCGAUGAGACUCUCAAGUUUCACGAAGUGUGGCGCGACCAGCCCAAGACAGCGAUUAGUGGCGCCGUGGGGAUACUUGGCAGCGACGUUCUCGAGGGCCUUGUUGGUAUCGACAAGGAAGGGGAUGUUAUUCGAUAA